AUGCCGCCUUGUUCCUCUCGAGCACCCAUAAUACGGAUCGCCAAUGGCACCUUCUACCGCCACCAUCCCAAUUCGCGACCCUCGCAUCCAAAUCCGCCGCUCUUCAGCGACCUGAGCUUUGAGCUGCCGUCGACGUCUAGCACACCGACGAAUUGGUGCAUUGUUGGGCCCUCGCUCGCUGGCAAGACGACUCUUCUGCAAGUUCUACGGGGCAGACUCCUUUGCGAACCACCUACUGCGAGAUCCUACCCCUACCUUGCGACAGAUCAGGUACCGGACCGGCUGAGGGCCCCGAACAAAGCGGUGCAGUAUGUUGGGUUUGAUGCCGAGUCUGGGAACCUCGGCGGUGGUGGCGCAACGACAUCGGCGUACCUGUCCGCACGGUAUGAGUCAAGACGAGAGUCUACAGACUGGUCACUACGUGAUUUCCUCCUAGGAAACACGCAUCUCAACCCUCUCCAAGCCUUGCCCGGCGAGGAAGAGGAAAGGAAAACUACGACGCAGCUGCUUGAGAGGGUGGCCACGGACUUGAAACUUGUCCACCUGCUAGAUCUUCCUGUGACGUUCCUAAGCAAUGGACAGGGGCGCAGGGCGAGGAUUGCUAGGGCCCUCUUGCGGAGACCAGAGGUUCUCCUCUUGGACGAGCCUUUCAUGGGCCUUGAUCCGACGACAGUGCAAGGCUUGAGUCCCGUAUUGAAGUCACUCGCGGACAAGGCAAGCCCGCGGCUGGUCCUGACCGCGCGCCCACAGGAUCCUCUGCCUGACUGGGUCACGCAUUUGAUCUACCUACGUACGGAUAACCAGAUUGGCUCCAUGGGUUCAAAAGAGGAGGUUUUAGGAGGGUUGAAAAUGUAUAUGCAGGGUGUGAAGAAUGGCAAGCUUGCUGAGGAUGUGACACUGCCUCUGCAGACUCUGGAGGGUAUUGGUCGCGUCUUGUCAGACAAGGGUUCGUCGAAUUCGGCCAGCCUUGGUCAAGCAGCCUCAUACCGACUCCAACCGACGAAUCCCGAUGCGGAACCACUUGUUGAGAUGGAGGGCUGCAAGGUGCGAUACGGCGACAAAGUUGCGCUGGGUAAUUGGAGCCUGAAAACGGCCGAGGGUAAACGCGAAGGGCUCGACUGGACGGUCCGCCGCGGCGAGCGCUGGGGCGUCUUUGGGCCCAACGGAUCGGGCAAGACGACCAUCGUGUCGCUGCUGUGCUCAGACCAUCCUCAGACGUACUCUCUGCCCAUCAAGCUAUUCGGUCGUAGCAGGCUGCCCGAGCCCGGGUCGGGGCAACGACCUCUGACGUUCUGGGACAUCCAAGCUCGCAUUGGCCACUCGAGCCCCGAGGUUCAUCAGCACAUUCCGCGUAGCCUGACGAUCCGACAGGUCAUUGAGAAUGCGUGGGCUAGCACUUUCCGCGCGCUGCCCAAGCUGGACGCCGAAGCAAAGGACAAGGUCGAUGCUGCCCUCGGCUGGUUCGCCCACGAGCUUCGACCCGGUGGUGUGUCUGCCACGACUGACUCCCUGGACUGGGCGGACGAGUACAUGUUUGGUGAGCUGUCCUUCAGCGCGCAGCGUGUUGCGCUAUUCAUCCGGGCUACGAUCAAGUCGCCCGAUGUCGUUGUGCUCGACGAGGCCUUCAGCGGCAUGGACGAUGCUGUUCGAUCCAAAUGUACUCUGUUUCUCACCGAGGGCGAGACCAAGACGCGCGACGACCACGGCAAGAUCAUUCCCAGCGAUGUGCGGGAUAUCACGAUUCAAGGUUUGACAGACCAGCAGGCCUUGAUUUGCAUUGCCCAUGUCAAGGAGGAAGUGCCGGAAUGUGUGCGAGAGUGGAUGUGUCUUCCCGAGGCCAACUCUGGGGAGGCAGCGAGGUUCGGCAGGCUAGACGGGCCCCUUGCUGGCGAGGAGAGGCGGUGGCAUGAGGUUUGGGGGUUUGAGGCCUCGUGA